AUGAUAGCAAGAAGCCAGCCAUCGAUUAUAAAAUACCACGUCCAAGUUCAAGGCAAUGUCAUACUUAUAUCGCCGCAGGAUGAAGUUCUGCUUCUCCAUCGAGUAAAAACAUCCUCCUCGUUCCCAUCGGCACACGUAUUCCCGGGCGGAAAUAUAUCUUCUCAGGAUGGCGAUUUCCCUCCAGCAGGUCACCCAGACAGCCACGAUGAUGGAAUUCACUAUAGACGGGCUGCGAUCCGCGAAACGUUCGAGGAGAGCGGUAUUCUACUUGCCAAAAAUAAGGCUACUGGGCGCAUGGUGAAACUUAGCCCGACGGAGAGAGAGGAAGGUCGACAUGCCAUACAUAGGAACGAAGUUACGUUUGAGAAAUGGCUAAAGGGCAUAGAUGCCAAUGCUGAGCCGGAUACUGAAUCCCUUAUACCCUUUUCGCAUUGGGUAACGCCUUCCAUCAACGCCCGCCGUUUCACGACGCAGAUGUAUCUAUAUUUUCUCCCUCCUGCAAAUGGCACUAGUGCUGUCGAUAUUGCGGGCCAGGAAGCGGACAGCGAAGAAGUCCAAGUACCUACCUCGGAUGGCGGAGUAGAGGUUACAGAAGCGCAAUUCCUGUCAGCUACAGAAUGGCUACGACGUACAAAGGCAGACGAAGUAAUCAUGUUCCCUCCCCAAGUACUACUGCUCAGCUUCGUUGCACAGUUUCUCGAACGGCCGGGUGAAAAGGUGCCGAUAUCAGCUGAAGAGUCGACGCGCCGACGGGAAGAACUGAUCAAGUUCGUUCACUCUGGUAAACCAGCAUGGACUCAUAAGUUUAUCUCGCCGCGGCCACUGGGCAGCAUGCCUGAUGGCAGGCUGAUUAUGGAUUUGAAUUACCCAGGCAAAGAACUGGAGGAGACCGAGAAACGAGGUGAUCCUGACAGAGUUAUACUCGUGACCUUUAAGAAAGAAGGGCCGAGAGGAGUAGAGGUCCGCUGGAUAAGUGAGGUUGAAGCUCAUUUAAAGGAGCAAAAGAGCUCGAUGUGA